AUUUGAGUAAAUAAGUCAAAGUUUAUAACCUUGGAAAAUCUGGAAGCUUUCAAAUAACUGCUGCUCUCAGCUAGUCCGGUGUCGGUACAUGUCACCCCGGAAGAGACACCCAGGGCACCACCAUCUCCCAAAUUUCAGGAGCCAAACUUUUUGUCCGUAUGUUCGCCUGGCAGAGCAUCGCUCGCGUCCGUAUCCGAUUACUCCAUCAAACGCGGUAGCUACCUGAAGCCACAGCGAAGUACCUCAGCUCCUGUGACAGCAAG